AUGGCCGACGACGACGUGCUGUUCGAGGACGUGUACGAGCUGUGCGAGGUGAUCGGCAAGGGUCCCUUCAGCGUUGUGCGGCGAUGCAUCAACAGGGAGACUGGGCAGCAAUUCGCUGUAAAAAUCGUUGAUGUGGCCAAGUUCACAUCCAGUCCAGGGUUAAGUACAGAAGAUCUAAAGCGGGAAGCCAGUAUCUGUCACAUGCUGAAACACCCCCACAUUGUAGAGUUGUUGGAGACAUAUAGCUCAGAUGGAAUGCUUUACAUGGUGUUUGAAUUUAUGGACGGAGCGGAUCUGUGCUUUGAAAUCGUAAAACGAGCUGAUGCUGGUUUUGUAUACAGUGAAGCUGUAGCCAGUCAUUACAUGAGACAGAUCCUGGAAGCCCUGCGCUAUUGUCAUGACAAUAACAUCAUUCACAGGGAUGUGAAGCCCCACUGUGUUCUCCUCGCCUCCAAGGAAAACUCGGCACCUGUCAAACUUGGGGGCUUUGGGGUAGCUAUUCAGUUAGGAGAGUCCGGACUUGUAGCUGGAGGACGCGUCGGGACACCUCAUUUUAUGGCCCCGGAAGUUGUCAAAAGAGAGCCUUACGGGAAGCCUGUGGACGUGUGGGGCUGCGGCGUGAUCCUCUUCAUCCUGCUCAGCGGCUGCCUGCCCUUUUACGGAACCAAGGAGCGGCUGUUCGAAGGCAUCAUCAAAGGCAAAUACAAGAUGAAUCCGAGGCAGUGGAGCCACAUCUCGGAAAGUGCCAAAGACCUCGUGCGCCGCAUGCUGAUGCUCGACCCAGCCGAGCGGAUCACCGUCUACGAGGCCCUGAACCACCCCUGGCUCAAGGAGAGAGAUCGUUAUGCCUACAAGAUUCAUCUUCCGGAAACAGUAGAGCAGCUGAGGAAAUUCAAUGCAAGGAGGAAACUAAAGGGUGCAGUCCUAGCAGCUGUGUCGAGUCACAAAUUCAACUCAUUCUAUGGGGACCCCCCUGAAGAGUUGCCUGAUUUCUCCGAAGACCCUACCUCCUCAGGAGCUGUCUCACAGGUGCUGGACAGCCUGGAAGAGAUCCACGCACUCACAGACUGCAGCGAGAAGGACUUAGACUUUCUACACAGUGUUUUCCAAGACCAGCAUCUUCACACACUACUAGACCUGUAUGACAAAAUCAACACUAAGUCUUCGCCGCAAAUCAGGAACCCUCCGAGUGACGCGGUACAGAGAGCCAAAGAGGUAUUGGAAGAAAUUUCAUGUUACCCUGAAAAUAAUGAUGCUAAGGAACUGAAGCGUAUUUUAACACAACCUCAUUUCAUGGCCUUACUUCAGACUCACGACGUAGUGGCCCAUGAAGUUUACAGCGAUGAGGCGCUGAGGGUCACGCCGCCCCCCACGUCCCCCUACCUGAACGGCGACUCCCCGGAGAGCGCCAACGGGGACAUGGACAUGGAGAACGUGACCCGCGUCCGCCUGGUGCAGUUCCAGAAGAACACAGACGAGCCCAUGGGAAUCACUUUAAAAAUGAACGAGCUAAAUCAUUGUAUUGUUGCAAGAAUUAUGCAUGGCGGCAUGAUUCACAGGCAAGGCACACUGCAUGUGGGUGAUGAGAUCAGAGAAAUCAACGGCAUCAGCGUGGCUAACCAGACAGUGGAGCAGCUGCAGAAGAUGCUCCGGGAAAUGCGGGGGAGUAUCACCUUCAAGAUUGUGCCCAGCUACCGCACUCAGUCAUCGUCCUGUGAGAGAGAUUCCCCCUCCACUUCCAGACAGUCCCCAGCUAAUGGUCAUAGCAGCACUAACAAUUCUGUUUCGGACUUGCCAUCAACUACCCAACCAAAAGGACGACAGAUCUAUGUAAGAGCACAGUUUGAGUAUGAUCCGGCCAAGGAUGACCUCAUCCCCUGCAAGGAGGCUGGCAUCCGCUUCCGGGUCGGUGACGUCAUCCAGAUCAUCAGCAAGGAUGACCACAACUGGUGGCAGGGCAAGCUGGAAAACUCCAAAAACGGAACCGCGGGCCUCAUCCCCUCCCCUGAGCUGCAGGAAUGGCGUGUAGCCUGCAUCGCCAUGGAGAAGACCAAGCAGGAGCAGCAGGCCAGCUGCACUUGGUUCGGCAAGAAGAAGAAGCAGUACAAGGACAAGUACUUGGCCAAGCACAACGCAGUGUUUGAUCAAUUAGACCUUGUUACAUAUGAAGAAGUAGUAAAACUGCCAGCAUUCAAAAGGAAAACACUAGUCUUAUUAGGUGCGCAUGGCGUUGGGAGAAGACACAUAAAAAACACCCUCAUCACAAAGCACCCAGACCGCUUUGCGUACCCUAUUCCACACACCACCAGACCUCCAAAGAAAGAUGAGGAGAACGGGAAGAACUACUACUUCGUGUCCCACGAUCAGAUGAUGCAGGACAUCUCCAACAACGAGUACCUGGAGUAUGGCAGCCACGAGGACGCCAUGUACGGGACCAAGCUGGAGACCAUUCGCAAGAUCCACGAGCAGGGGCUGAUCGCCAUCCUGGACGUGGAGCCUCAGGCGCUGAAGGUCCUGAGAACCGCCGAGUUCGCUCCUUUUGUUGUUUUUAUCGCCGCACCGACCAUCACCCCGGGUUUGAAUGAGGAUGAAUCUCUUCAGCGCCUGCAGAAGGAGUCUGACAUCUUACAGAGAACAUAUGCACACUACUUCGAUCUCACAAUUAUCAACAAUGAAAUUGAUGAGACAAUCAGACACCUGGAGGAAGCCGUGGAGCUCGUGUGCACAGCCCCACAGUGGGUCCCCGUGUCCUGGGUCUAUUAG